AUGGCCCUUCUGUGGGGCGAGGGUCUGCUUUACGCGAAAUUGUUGAAACAGAAAGGCAUGAAGACCAAGGAUGAUGUCUACCCUGGUGUACCACACAGGUUCCACUAUGGUCUCCGACAGAUUAAGAUAGUUUUCCUGGCUGAUAAGGACUUUGACAAUGAAUUGAAGUGGCUUUUGAGCGGGUCGAGUGCCUGA